AUGCGUGCCUUCAUUGUUUUAUGCUUAGUGGCUGUAGCCUGUGCCGACAAAUUGGGUUAUAACUAUCAACCCGUUGGCCACUCCGACAGUGGAUUAUCUUUCACCCCAGGUUCUUCCAACAGUGGAACUUCUUUCGUUCGCGGAGCUGUUGGUGAUGGUAGUGCCAGUGUUGUUGCUCCCGCCUAUGCUCCCGUUGCUGAAUUGGAAAAGGAAUUCUACACAUUCUCUGCCCCCGAAGGUGAAUUCAAUGAUCCUAAUGCCGCUGAACGUGUUGCUGGUAGCUUGAAGAAGGGACUCCGUGUUGUCUUCAUUAAGGGACCCGAAAACAAUGGUUUGGAAGAUGCUGCCUUGGCUUUGGCCAAACAAGCUGCCCAACAACAAACUGCCAUCUAUGUGCUCAACAAACAAACCGAUCUCGGUGAAUUGGCCAACAAACUUAACCAAUUGGGCGCCAACAACAACCAGAAACCCGAAGUUCACUUUGUCAAAUACCGUACCCCUGAAGAUGCUGCCAAUGCCCAACGUGCCAUCCAAAGCCAAUACGAUUCUUUGGGCGGUUCAUCUCACAGUGUUAAUGGCGGUGUUGCUCCAGUUUUGAACUUUGCUUCUCAGCCAGCUGUUCGUACUGCCACAGCUCAAACUCCCCUGAAUGCUUAUUUGCCAUCAUCGGUAUUCCGUCAUUAA